AUGAACAAGGGUAAGAAAGGAGUCCCCUACCCCGAACCAGAGUCCCCAACCCCGAACCAGAGUCCCCUACCCCGAACCAGAGUCCCCUACCCUGAACCAGAGUCCCCUACCCUGAACCAGAGUCCCCUACCCCGAACCAGAGUCUCCUACCCUGAACCAGAGUCCCCUACCCCGAACCAGAGUCCCCAACCCCGAACCACAGUCCCCUACCCCGAACCAGAGUCCCCUACCCUGAACCAGAGGUCCCCUACCCCGAACCAGAGUCCCCAACCCCGAACCAGAGUCCCCUACCCCGAACCAGAGUCCCCUACCCUGAACCAGAGUCCCCUACCCCGAACCAGAGUCCCCAACCCCGAACCAGAAUCCCCUACCCCGAACCAGAGUCCCCUACCCUGA